AGAUUUCCAUCAGGCUUGGCACUAUAAGCCAAUACUAACGGUGAUGGAUAUUUUGGACCCCAACCUCCGUACAUAGUAGUGAAGAAGUAGGUAAGUACUACCUAAUUAUAGGUACACUUUCGGCAGAAGCCCCCCCGCUAGAAGCAAGCGCCUAGCGUGGGAGUGUACCUAUCGCUAGCUCCAGGGGACCAUUCUUACCGCCUACCCGCUUGAGUUAAAGUUUUGCCCUAUUUGGCCAAGUGAGCACUUCAUCCGAUGAUUCUGCCAAUCCUCGAAGGGCCAUCUGUCAUCAGUCAUACUGGACAUCCACUUCAUGUGCUGUUGGUUUCAUUUGGUCGCGGCCGAUUGUCGACUUUGUUUCCUACUUUUCUACCGCACCACCCAACGCUUCCCUUUCACCACACCACUCCCAACUUUGGUAUUUGGUUUCAUGUCGAAGCACUCAUAGCUAGACUGUAUUAUCAGCGUCUCGUAUCCCACAUCAUCCCGCGCCUCUCUUACCUGUGUCUCUUCCCCGAGCCAUGGCGCGUACCAAACAAGCCCGGCCCGUAGAGCGCCAGGCUUCGUCAGAAUACAUAUCACGACAAUCUCCCACAGCAUCGUCGAAAAAGCAACAUGACGAUGGUCCCCGUCCUUCAUCCAAUGGGGCAGUCCAUAAAUCUGCGCCUGCGCCGAUAGCUGCGAAAUCAGAGGCCGGGGCGACGCAGCUCGUCAUCGCCGUUGCUGGUAUAUACGGGUCCUUCCUCACAUGGGCCUAUCUCCAAGAGAAACUCACAACGACACCGCACGGCGCGCCAGGGCAAACCGAAGUAUUCAAAUACCCCGUGUUCCUCAACACAAUCCAAUCUCUCUUCGCGGCCGCGACGGGCGCCGUAUACCUCUACUUCAGCACGCCAAAGGGGGCUUCCGUGCCCCCCAUCAUCCCGUCCUCGCGAAUACUACCACCGCUCCUCCUCGUGGCGUUAACGAGCUCGCUCGCGUCCCCAUUCGGAUACGCCUCGCUGUCCCACAUCGACUACAUCACCUUCCUGCUCGCGAAAAGCUGCAAAUUGCUCCCCGUGAUGUUCCUGCACAUCACCGUCUUCCGCAAACGAUACCCGCUGUACAAGUACAUGGUCGUCGCGGCCGUCACGGCGGGCGUGGCGGUAUUUACUCUGCAUUCUGGUAAAAAAGGGAAAAGUCACGGUUCCGGUUCUAGUAAAGAAGAGAAGAAUAGCGCUUGGGGCCUAUUACUAUUGGGCAUCAAUCUCCUCUUCGACGGCCUGACGAAUUCCACCCAGGAUUACAUCUUCACCUCGUUCCAGCCGUACACGGGGCCGCAGAUGAUGUGCGCGAAUAACCUCAUGUCCAUGCUCGUCAUGGUCGCGUACCUCGUCCUGAGCCCCUGGCUCGUCCACACGGGCGUCGGCGAGUGGCUUGGCAUGGACAUCGCCGGGAGCGCGGGCGAGCUCGAGGACGCGCUUGCGUUCAUGGCCAGACAUCCCGGCGUGUGGUCUGAUAUUCUGGGUUUCGCGGCCUGUGGUGCUGUGGGACAGGUAUUCAUCUUCUACACCCUCUCCACAUUCUCCUCCGUCCUCCUCGUGACAGUAACAGUCACCCGCAAGAUGUUCACCAUGAUCCUCUCCGUCGUCGCCUUCGGCCACCGCCUCACGCGCAUGCAGGUCCUCGGCGUGGGCCUCGUCUUCGGCGGCAUCGGCGCCGAGGCCGCUAUCGCGCGCCGCGAGAAAUUGGCCAAGGAAGAGGCUAGGAAGAAGGCGAAGGCGUUGACUGCCAAGGCGCUGUGAGAUUGCUUGUUGCUUUUUUAUAGAUGGAUGGAUGGGCUGAUAGAUAGGGACGUUAGUUAACGUAUCAUAUUGUAGAAAAGGAAUAGAUAGUUAAAUAAGUUUAUUUGUCGUUCUAGAGCAUGAGAGAGAUAUAUAAUUAUCUUAUCCCGGUUAUAUAUACAGUAUGGCUUAUCUGAGAACGUAAGAAGAAAAUAAAAUAACCACGGAACAAGAGGUUAUAUAUGUUAAUAAUCUCAUAUAUCACCACUUCACUUCACAUCAAUUCACAUACACCACACUAUUAACCCACACAGAAAGUUAUGAAUACUUUUCCUUGAAACUUUUCGCGCACGUAGCACGAUUAUUUUUUCACUAUGGUCAUAUCAUCACAACUAUAUGUACAAGACUUCGGAACAUUGGACAGUUGUUCCUCGAUUGAUUGCUAGCUAGCAUCACACAUACACACACACAAAAUUGCAAUAUGUGUGUAUGUAAUGUCCAAAUUCCGGUUUCCCCUUUCCUGCCUUCCCUUUCUCCUUACUCCUCAACAACGCCGUUUCGUUUCAAUGCGUUCGCAAUGUUAUGUAUGUGCUUGGUUUGCUCGCUCGCUCGCUCGCAGGUGUGAACAUCAGCUGCCCAAGUCAUUUGCGUACGUAAAUACAAAAAGGGAUAUUCUCCCCCCUUUA